AUGGCUGAAAAAGUCGAAAAAAGCCAUCCAGUUGUGGACCUGUUCAAAAAACGUGGCAUGGCCAGAGACGAGGUCGGAAAGAUCUACACAUCAUGGGCUGAAGAUUAUGAAAAGGAUGUAGUUGGCCUCACAUAUUAUUGUCCCAGUAAUAAUGCUGCCGAGCUGGAGAAAUUACUCGGAGAGAAGAAAGAUGCCCUAAUUCUGGACGUUUGCUGCGGAACUGGGUUGGUGGGACAAGAGGCGAGUGCAAAUCCCUGCCCCCCCCCNUAUUAUUGUCCCAGUAAUAAUGCUGCCGAGCUGGAGAAAUUACUCGGAGAGAAGAAAGAUGCCCUCAUUCUGGACGUUUGCUGUGGAACUGGGUUGGUGGGACAAGAGCUCUCAAAGCGUGGUUUCAACAACCUCCACGCCCUGGAUGCCUCCAAGGAAAUGCUGGAGCAGGCGAAACAGAAAGGUGUCUACAAGAAACUGAUCCACGCUUUCAUUGGGCCUGAUCGAGUAGAUAUCGCCGACGACACAUACGACGCGGUCAUUAUGUCAGGAGCUAUAGGAUGUGGACACGUGAAUGGAGGUGGAUUGGCAGAAAUGAUACGCCUUGUUAAACCGGGAGGCUAUGUGGCAAUGGACAGCAUUUUGAAGUAUACCCAUGAUAGCGACUACGGCGGGAAGAGUUUUGACGAAAUAAUAGACAGUCACAUCAUGGCCGGCCGCUGGGUCACGGUGACCAGACGCUUGGUGGAGCAAGUCUUUAACGCCUUGGACGGAAUGCAGUACACUUUUAAAGUAAAAUAAAUGCGGUCAUUGCCGAAACGUGAUUUGUUUUGCGUGAGACUGGCACGGACUGUUGAACCUGAAGGAUUGACUUAUUUUCUGAAAUGAAAUUACUGUAAUUACGUUAGAUGUUUAAACUCUAAAUGAAUAAACGUUUAUUGAGU